AUGUGGCGUGUCACGUGACGCACAGCUACGAAAACAAGAAGUAGCUAGUAGCCAGACACGGAUGUAACAACUUCAACUUUAAAACAAAUAGUCAUGCACUGCCUUUUUAAUUACACACUACAUUUAAUACGUUUAUUAUUAUGCUUUUGUAUGUUCAUAAACUAUGGAUUAUGCGGUAAAAUGAAGAUUGUGGAGGAGCCAAACACAUUUGGGUUGAACAAUCCCUUUUUGGCUCAGGGAAGCAGACUUCAGCCUAAAGUAUCCGCAUCUCCUGUGUCUGGCCCUGCACAUCUUCAUCGACUGGCUGGAAAGUGUUUCAGUCUCAUAGAGUCAACAUAUAAAUAUGAAUUCUGUCCAUUUCACAACAUCACCCAGCAUGAGCAGUCUUUCAGGUGGAAUGCUUACAGCGGGAUACUGGGGAUCUGGCAGGAGUGGGAAAUUGCAAACAACACAUUCACUGGCAUGUGGAUGAGAGAAGGAGAUAACUGUGGAACCAAAAACAGAGAAACCAAGGUGAUUCUUAUCUGCAGUAAUAGCAGCAGGCUUGUACAAGUCUCAGAGCCCAGUACUUGUUUGUACUCUUUAACCUUUGAGACCCCACUUGUUUGCCAUCCUCAUUCACUUUUAGUGUAUCCAGCCCUGACUGAGACGCUCCAAAAGGAAUGGGAUGAAGCUGAACAGGCUCGAUAUGAGGGUAUUAUUACUGAUCAAGGUUAUAAUAAUCUGCUUAAAGAUAUCUUUGAAGAUGCAGGUUUCUUGAAAAGCCAAAGAGUGAAAGUCAACAUGCCAGAGGCCGCAGCCAAUUCAGAAAAACCCAACUCUUUAGAUAAAUGUGCAAAGGACUUUCAAAAACAGAGACAAGAGAUUGAAAGACUACGUGCACUUCUUACUCAACACAACAUUCCAUUUGAUUCAAGUGAAGCAAAUGGCACAGAAAGUGCAACAGUUAAAGAUCAACACCUACGAGGAGACAAUGGCCUCAUCAACAUGCUGUGAAAAUAACCUGGAGCAAGUCAAAAUGUAAUCUUUACAAAAUAACACGUGUCAAAAACCAGGAAUCUCUAAUAUCUGGUGCUGUUCAUAUGUGUGUCUUCAUACAGGGACAAGCAGGUGUUAUGAAUAUUUUAUGAUUCCAGGAAGUGAAGUCAGGUCAGUAUAAUAUUAGGUUCAGCGAGCUAGCGAGUGAGUUUACUUCCUGCGAGAAGACUCUUAAUUAAGACUCUGGCUCUUCUCCCCAAUUCAGUGAGCGUUAUUGCUACUGCGGUAGUUGGUUGUAUGAAUACUAUGAAACCCUCAAAUAAAAAUCACAAUGUUUUGGA